AUGUCUGGCGCCCUAGAAGGAAUCUACCCACCCGGCAUCGUCCACCCCGGACCACCCGCCUCCAAUCCAACCACGCCCUACUGGCAUUCCAGUCCCCACGCAUUCGCCAAUCACCAGUCCUCAUGGCCAGCAGAGCCUGUUGACAUAGUAGUGAUCGGCUCCGGAAUUUCCGGUAUGACGCUUUGUCGGACUCUAAUCUCCAAGCGACCAGACCUGAAGAUUACAGUCGUGGAAGCUCGCUCCCUAUGCUCCGGCGCUACUGGUCGCAACGGCGGCCACAUCAAAACUAUGACAUUUGCCAUGUGGAGCGAGCGCAAGCACCAAUUCGGCAUUGAGGAAGCAAUCAAGAUUUCGGAAUUCGAGCAUAGUCAUCUGGAUGUAAUGGCCGCCGCCAUUGAAGAAGAUCAAGCCGAUUGUGACCUCGUACGCACCGAGGGCGUGGAGGCUUACUAUGACCAAAAGGUCUUCGAGAAGGGCGUAGCUGCGCUGGAAGAUAUGAGAGCGCACGCACCGCAUCUAGCAGCUCUGCACAAAGUUCACAGAGAUACAGAUUAUCUCCAGCGAGUCAUGAAGCUUUCAGACCGAUGCGUGGGUGCAAUCACGGUCCCGGCAGGGUCCGUCUGGCCCUACAAAUGGAUCUCAAAAGUAUGGGGCGACUUGAUCGACGGCAGAAAGCUCAAUGUUCAAACCAACACCACCGUCCAGGCUGUCGACGAUCAAGACGGCGCUGAAUUCGCCAUCGUGAAAACAACCCGGGGCCAGAUCAAGGCGCGAAAGGUUGUCCACGCUACCAACGCCUGGCUGGGACAUCUCCUUCCCGAGCUGACGCCUUUCCUUUCUCCCGUCCGUGCCAAUGUCGUCCACUACACUCCCGACGAAAAUGGUUCCUCACGCCUGGGCACGGUCCCAGAAUUUUCCAUCUGGUAUCGAUAUGGUGACAAGGAUUACAGCUACCUCAUCUCACGACCGGAUGGGGGUGUUGUAGUCGGUCGUGCGGGCCAGGGCCGCCAAGCAACAUCCAAUGAUACAACCACCGAUCUUCCAGACCAGGCGCAUCUGAGAGGCUUUUUUCAUGAAGCCGCGGCAGGACCGAAACCUGGUGCAGCGGACAACAUCGAUUAUUCUUGGAGCGGUAUCGUGAGCUUUACCCAGGAUGGAGUACCGUUUAUUGGUGAGCUGCCUUUCCCCGAGCGGAGCCAUCAAUUUGUUUUGGGUGCGUAUCAUGCGACGGGGAUGGUCAAGGCGUUUCGGUCUUCGCAGGCGGCUGCGAUGAUGCUUUUGGGAGAAGCUGUACCGGAGUAUUUGCCAAGGUCUAUGCUGGUGACGGAAGAUCGGAUCAGGGAGUUGAGACGGUCGCUUGAUACUGGGAAGUAUCCAGUUUUCCGUCCUAUAUCUAGACUAUAA